AUCUGGCAACCCUAGUUCGCGAGAGACGAUCACACACACACAGAGCUCGUUCAGGAACAGCUUUAAGACACAUCUUAGUGCGCCCUGCGACGGGUUUCAAAACACAUUUCUGACAAUGUCGAAGCAUGCUGUGGUUCAGUUCGGUGUCGUUUACGCGUUACUGUUUCCAGGGGUCUUUGGGUUUGUUCCCUCUCCAACAAACGUCAGUGUUGUUUGUCACAAUUUUGUGAAUGUCCUCUACUGGAACUACAGUAACCCAACUGAACAGAUGAAAUUUGCCAUAAAAGUUGAACCUUAUGAAAGUCCUUCCCAAACAGUGGACACCUCUCAGACGUACCUUGAUAUCAGCAGCUACAGCACAGAUGUGGAAGAUGAUUACUUGGUGUUGCUGACAGCACAUGAUGGGCAAGAGAAAUCAGAAAACGUCUCCAUUAGAUUCACCUACAGCAAAGACUAUUUUGAUGAGAACAAACAUAAAUAUAAAUGCUCUUUGGACUUUCCAGCUGUGAAUACAUCUGUCCACAAAGAUGUGAUCGAAGUGUCCUUUCAGCACCCUUUCAAGCUUUAUAAGCAAGAGAUUAUGAAUGAUGAAUUUACGUACACAAUCACACAUGAUGAGCAAAUGGUAGAAUACUCAUGUUUUGAGGAUGAGGAUCUGUGCAAUGCAGAAGUCCACUUUAACCAAAGCGUUGCUGGACAGUGUGUGGAGCUGAAGCUUGAAGGGGUGAUUGCUGGGAUUCCUUCAUAUACCUACAGCAACGUUUGUGUCCCUCAGCCGACGCCUGAGACCGAAGAUUCUGCGAUUUCGAGCCAUAUAAAAGACAAAACGGGAUUAAUCGCAGCUCUGAUAGGCGUAGGAACCAUUGUGCUCUUCAUUACCAUGGGCUUUGUGUGGCUGCUCUGCAGGAAGUGGUCCAAAAUACCCAAAAUUCCUGCAUUUUUGCGGAACGUCAUACCCGGCCAGUCUCCUACAACCCAACCCGAGCCGACCCCCAUUUCUAAAAUGACACCUCAGGGACACACACCCCUACUGACAGACUCCUUUAGUUAUGAUUCCUUCCCCAGUUCCCCAACUGAGAAAGACUGCAAAGAAAACACUAUCCUCGAUGACACCGUAGUGGAUCUCCCUGUGGUCUCUGAAGAGGACAUGGAGGGUGAAGACUUUGAAGGCUUUGGCAGUUCGUCUGACUAUGACAGACCUAAAUUCCUGCAGGAGAUGAGUCCAGGGGACUUUACUGAGGGAUACGGCCCUCGACCUCCAGUGAUCUAGGUCUGAACGUGUGUAAGAAUGAUACUAGCAAGUGUUUGCAUUUCUUGUGGAAAGACAGCUUGUUCACACCAAGUCCUUGUAAUAAUUUUUUGUUCCAUUAACUAUUUCACACACUGAUCAGAAGACUUGUGUUGUGUGCACAGAAACAAAGCUACAUUAUAAUCAAAGCUGUGUACAAUGCAGGCAGUGACAUCUGGUUUCCACCGUGCAGAGGGUUCGGUUGUGGUGAGAGCGAUCCCGUAUGGUUGUGAUGAGCUGCACUGACAGGGUUAACUACAGCCUUGGCGAGUUUCAAAAAAGUGUUGAAACAUACGCUGUGAAGAUGUUUUUCAUGACAUUUGCAGACAUUUUCAGUAAUGCAGUGUUAAAGUGUCCUUGUUACACAUUAUACGUGUACUUGCUCUUAUAAUAACGAUAAAUUAUGCAUAAUUGCAUGCAAGUGACCCUAAUCCUAACCAUAUACUAAGUACAUGUAGUUAAUUUAUAUUACUCUUAUAAUACUUAAUAUAAUAUAAUAUAAUAAACAGUGUUGGGGGUAACGCAUUACAAGUAACGCGAGUUCUGUAAUCCGAUUACUUUUAUUAAAGUAACGCAUUACUUUUUAAUUUACAAGAAAAUAUCUGAGAUACUUUUUCGAAAAAGUGACGCUAGUUACUUUGUUUUCCCAUUUAUUGAUUGACAGGUCUCCUGUCCCCAUAUUGGGAGAAAUCAGAAGUACAGAGACGCUGUGUGAACAUGUAGUUCUAGAUUAAAUAUGAAUGUGCAUUAAUUCAUCCCCCAAAAAAAUUAUUUAGUAUUCAUCAAAAGAAAUUAAUGCAAAAUUGACACAAACCUGCAAUAAUUAAAUUUAAAUAGCACAAAUGUUUCUAAUCCCAUUUUAUUAACUAAUGUCUUUGCUGCUGACCUUUGAUGAUCCAGUUCAACCAUACUAAUUGGCAAAACAGACUUUAUAGAAACUAACAAUUGUGCCUUUUUUUGUUUUUGUUUUCUUUUUUGCUGAAGAGUGUUGAACCUUCUUCUCCUGUGUUCUGCUGUACAGACGUGAAUUUACUUUUCCUUCAGCCUGAUGUUUAUUCAUUACACUUUUUGGUGUGAAAAGGCUUUUACAUUUGCUAUAAAUAGAAUUUCUUAUAUUAAAAACAACCAAGCCCUGCUCUUAUAGUGAAAAAGUAACACAAAAGUAAUGUAACGUAUUACUUUCCAUAAAAAGUAACUAAGCGCUUCUCUAAUUAAAAUGAUUUAAUAAAUACCUGUUUAUUUUUAGCACUUAUUCGGACAUACAGCGCAGAGCCAUGACCACUAUAUGGAAGAGCAAGCCUGUAAGCCCAUAAAAUAAUGCCAAAAACCGCCUCUAUGAAAACGAGAAUUAAGUUGUAAAACCUGCAAUCCAUUGCUUAACGGCUACGAUGAAUGGAGACUAUCUUGUGUUUUUCCAUGGGUGCUCAAUCAUUUCAUAGGCUCCUAUGCUUAAAUGUAUAACUACAAUGUAACAAGGACACCUUAAAAUAACGUGUAACCACAUUUUCUACAAUCCUAAAAUACAGUUUUAAAUUUAGGUACACCUAAAGUAUACCUGUAAACACUGUAAAAAUCAACACAGAAAAUGAACAUGGUACAUUGCGCUACAUUUCCACUCGAUUUAAAACUGCAUUAGCUUUUCAACAGUAAAACACAUCUUGCACAUACCUGUCAGUUAAAUGCUUUGGUGAGGCCUCUCUAGCAUGUGAGGAACAUAAACUGCUUGUGUAUGUGCAUUUGAGCCAUGACUCUACUGUUUUUCAUAAGGGUAUAUUGCAGGUUGUUACUAUUAUUCUUGAUUUCAUGAAAACACGUGUCAUAGCAUGCAUUUACAUCAUAGGUGAAUGACCUGCUGGAUUCAGUGCUGCUGUACUUUAAAAUUGGAAAAUUUGCCAAGGUGAAUAUAUUACAUGAUUGUCACUAUAUGCACACUUACAGUAUUGUUCAAAAUAAUAGCAGUACAAUGUGACUAACCAGAAUAAUCAAGGUUUUUAGUAUAUUUUUUAUUGCUAAGUGGCAAACAAGUUACCAGUAGGUUCAGUAGAUUGUCAGAAAACAAAUGAGACCCAGCAUUCAUGAUAUGCACGCUCUUAAGGCUGUGCAAUUGGGCAAUUAGUUGAAAGGGGUGUGUUCAAAAAAAUAGCAGUGUCUACCUUUGACUGUACAAACUCAAAACUAUUUUGUACAAACAUUUUUUUUUUUCUGGGAUUUAGCAAUCCUGUGAAUCACUAAACUAAUAUUUAGUUGUAUGACCACAGUUUUUUAAAAUCUGUGUGGCAUGGAGUCAACCAACUUGUGGCACCUCUCAGCUGUUAUUCCACUCCAUGAUUCUUUAACAACAUUCAUUCACAUUUCUUGGUUUUGCUUCAGAAACAGCAUUUUUGAUAUCACCCCACAAGUUCUCAAUUGGAUUAAGGUCUGUAGAUUGGGCUGGCCACUCCAUAACAUUAAUUUUGUUGGUUUGGAACCAAGACUUUGCCCGUUUACUAGUGUUUUUUGGGUCAUUGUCUUGUUGAAACAACCAUUUCAAGGGCAUGUCCUCUUCAGCAUAGGGCAACAUGACCUCUUCAAGUAUUUUAACAUAUGCAAACUGAUCCAUGAUCCCUGGUAUGCGAUAAAUAGGCCCAACACCAUAGUAGGAGAAACAUGCCCAUAUCAUGAUGCUUGCACCUCCAUGCUUCACUGUCUUCACUGUGUACUGUGGCUUGAAUUCAGAGUUUGGGGGUCGUCUCACAAACUGCCUGUGGCCCUUGGACCCAAAAAGAACAAUUUUACUCUCAUCAGUCCACAAAAUGUUCCUCCAUUUCUCUUUAGGCCAGUUGAUGUGUUCUUUGGCAAAUUGUAACCUCUUCUGCACAUGCCUUUUUUUUAACAGAGGGACUUUGCGGGGGAUUCUUGAAAUAGAUUAGCUUCACACAGACGUCUUCUAACUGUCACAGUACUUACAGGUAACUCCAGACUGUCUUUGAUCAUCCUGGAGGUGAUCAUUGGCUGAGCCUUUGCCAUUCUGGUUAUUCUUCUAUCCAUUUUGAUGGUUGUCUUCCGUUUUCUUCCACGUCUCUCUGGUUUUGCUCUCCAUUUUAAGGCAUUGGAGAUCAUUUUAGCUGAACAGCCUAUCAUUUUUUGCACCUCUUUAUAGGUUUUCCCCUCUCUAAUCAACUUUUUAUUCAAAGUACGCUGUUCUUCUGAACAAUGUCUUGAACGACCCAUUUUCCUCAGCUUUCAAAUGCAUGUUCAACAAGUGUUGGCUUCAUCCUUAAAUAGGGGCCACCUGAUUCACACCUGUUUCUUCACAAAAUUGAUGACCUCAGUGACUGAAUGCCACACUGCUAUUUUUUUGAACACACCCCUUUCAACUAAUUCAACUAAUUGCCCAAUUGCACAGCCUUAAGAGCGUGCAUAUCAUGAAUGCUGGGUCUCAUUUGUUUUCUGAGAAUCUACUGAACCUACUGGUAACUUGUUUGCCACGUAACAAUAAAAAAAUAUACGAAAAACCUUGAUUAUUCUGGUUAGUCACAUUGUACUGCUAUUAUUUUGAACAAUACUGUAUAGUCAGUGGUUUAUUGUAACAUCUGUGAAGUGUUUGCUGUGAUAACCCCAUAUGUUUAAGCAGGCUACAGUUAAAAUCUACCAGGCGCUUAAAUAUAAUCUUACAGCUCUCUUGCUAAAAAUAUUACACAUUGUAGAUAGUAUAAAUAGAACAGCAUUACUCUGAAUGACUCAUGAGGAAACCUUUCAUGAUAAAGGGAAAAGGGAAAAGUGUUGUUACUUUUUAGUAUAUAGGAAAAUGUCAACAUGCAAGUUCAGGGGCAAUAAAAAAAAAAAAAAAAUAAUAAUAAUUUAGUUUUUUUUGUUUGUUUUUGAAGCAAAUUUGCACUUAAUCAAAAUUGAUUGCACUCCUGGCCUUAAUAAUUUUUCAUGUGUAUGUGUCAAGUUUCUUUACUGCAUUCUUUUCUAAUGUAAUUUUCUUUUUUAACUUUAACUUGACAAUUGUAUAUCAUGUAUGUUAGAUGUUCAUGUGCUUUUACACAUUUCAUUCACAAUAAAGUAAUUGGCUGGCUGCAUCAUUA